AUGAGCGGCAAAAUCGAUCUCAAAGACCUGCCCGAAGUCUAUUGCGAGGCCUGGGCCUCGAAGGACCCAUCGAAUCUCCUUGCCCUCUUCUCCCAGGACUCUUUCAUGACAGACCAUGGGGCGCAGAUCCAUGUUCCCUUUCCCUUCUUAGAGCGCCACCACAAGCACUGGAACGGCGCCCAUGACGAUUUUGAAGUUUGGUUGGACAAGCAGUACCCCGUCUACUGGGCCGAGCUUGACGACCAAGGAAAUGGGUACUGCAGUUUCAGAACAGUCAACAAGGGGGUGUUUGUGAACGACCUGGGAAGACGCAAGGCUACGGGAUUGCCGUUCCAGUAUUCGGGUGUGAUUGAUCUGAAACUUGAGGGGGGCAAGAUUGUACAGGCGGACGAGUGGCUGAGGGUACCAUUCGAGGAUAGCGUUUCCCCGGAUAAGUAUAUCACUAUCUCGGAGGAGAGUUUGAAGGGCGUCAUGAGGAAGGACCUUCACAAGUCCGAAUAA